GUCCUCCACAUCUCUCAUAUUCACACACAGGGAACAUCAUAAAGAAGCACAGACAAGGAAUAAGAAGAAAUAAUCCUGGUCAGGUUUAUCCAAAGAAGAAUAAAAUGAAGAUGUUCAGACCCCUUCUUUUCCAUUUGCUCCUGUACUGUGUGACCCAGACAUUAGGUGUCAACAUCCAGUCUGUCCCAGGAGUCAACAGUGAUGGUGUUGUACAGACAGAGCUGGAUAUGACUGUGUCUCUGGUUUGUCAGACUGAUGGCGACCAUGAGACUCAAGCCGACGAAGAGUUGGUGUGGCUGAGGAAUGGCGCUGCCGUCGCUCUGCAGGAAGAAAAUAAGAGGGGUCGUAGCAGCGUGUGUGUUACACCAGUCAUCCUUGAAGACAAUGGUGCCACUUUCACCUGCCACCUGAAGAAAAAUGACUCUUCUAUGGCCUCAGUUACCCUGAAUGUCAUAUAUCACCCACAGCUCUCUGGGUCAGAGGAAGUCACAGUAGAAGAAGAAGCUGUGAUGGUCCUGCAGUGUGACAUCAAGGCCAAUCCAUCUGUCUCAUCCGCGUCUUGGACACUAAAUGGAAGCAACGUGGAUCUAUUUGCAGGUGGCUUUUCGCUGACCAAUGACGGCUAUACAAGCCGGCUAACCACCAACAGCGUGGAGAGAAGCUUGCAUGAAGGCACAUAUAAGUGCACAGCAGAGGCUCCCGGCUAUGUAGGGCACAAGUUAUUUCAUGUCACGGUGAUAGCAAAGACCGUGAAGUUCCCACUGUUCCCCAUGAUAGCAGGGUUGGUGGUGGUGGGUCUUACUGCAAUUCUUGCUGUCAUUUCACGGUGGAACAAAAUCGCAAAGUGCUUGUGCUCGAAAUAACUGGUCUUCUCUACUUCAACAAAUGCCAUGAAGACAUUUGGAGACUCUGUUUUGUGUGCAUGAGACCGUGAUUACCCAUUUACCAAUCUGAUCAUGUUUGCCUGUUGUUGUUUUUUUAUGUCGACAUUUUGCUAAAUAGUUUAGAUCUCUAAAAUAGCUUAUUUGCUUUCACACUGAGAGUCUGAAGACCAAUACCACUGCUCUAUAUGUCUGUUAAAUAUGGAGCCACAGUACAGCCACCAGCGGGACUGCUUAGCUUAGCACAAAUACUGGAAUCAAUGGGAAACUGCUAGCACCAGCCAGGUAUUGUCUAAAGGUUAUUCCACAGUAAUACCUCACUGGGCAGGUUUUUGUACGGAUUAAACAAAAAAGAUAUAACAUAAUAAAAAGUGAGCUUUAGAGGUGCUGAUGGGUGGAUUUCUUUCACCCUUUGACUGAUCUAGGGUUGCUAUUUCUAUUGUUCCUAGCGAGUCUUCUCAUCUAAUUCUCAGCAACAAAGCAAAGAAACAUUUUUCCCCAAAUGUCCUUUAAAAUCUGACGAAAUGUAGCAUGCCAUCCACUGUAUUAUCUGUUGAUUAUGGCAGGACAAUCUGUAAAGAUCAUCCUUGAACUUGUUACGUUUCAUAGAGUGACUCAGCACUGCCUGUUUCUUGUCAGUAUCUUACAAUUAAAGUGCUUAUGUUCCUCAA